UCGGUGUCGGGAUCGCGCGGCGACUUGCGCGUCACCGCGGAGAGAGAACCCGGGGGGCCCCAGGGCGGCACGUGAGCUGGGGGGGGGUGGGAGCCCCAAACUCAUCCAGAGCCCGACGAUAAGGGUAGGGGGGGUGUUGUGCUUCGGGACUGCGCCCUGCUGCGUGCAUGAUUGACAUGUGGAGGAUCCUCGGUGACGGGCUGCUCAUCCUGGCUCUACCGUAAACUGCCCGUCGCUAUGCAUUGUGGGAAGUGUGGCCCCUAGCGCUGAUCCCGGAGCCCCCAGGCAUGAGAGCGGCGGAGGACAUGGACGGCUUCGAGGCGGAGGCGUCUACAGCCUCCAUGGUGUCGGGGGCCAGCAGCCCUUACCAGCCGACCACCGAGCCCGUGCGGCAGCACCGCGGCUGGGGGGGCAUCCACUGCGAUGUGGACUACAUCCGGUCACUCUGCGGGGUCCUGAAGUGCAGCCAAGUGGUUUUGGCGCUCCUCGCCUUCAUCUGCAUCGAGACGAUCAUGGAGUGCUCGCCGUGUGAAGGCUUGUAUUUCUUCGAGUUCGUCAGCUGCAGCGCCUUUGUGGUGACCGGCGUGCUGCUGCUCAUGUUCAGCCUGUCUCUUCACGAGCGUGUCCCUCACAUCAACUGGGUCCUGACGGACUUGGUGAACACCGGGCUGAGCGCUCUGUUUUUCUUCAUUGCCUCUGUAAUUUUGGCAUCGCUGAACCACAAAUCUGGGGCGGAAAUUUCUGCAGCGGUUUUUGGCUUCUUGGCCACCCUCUCCUACUCCGUAAACACCUACUUGGCGUUUAGGAAAUGGAAAUUUGGCAGCAGAUCCCAGAACAUGCGUCAGUCCAGUGACUACAUGAGGGCACGCAGCGAGUCGCGGGAUGCAGACUGCCGCCCUGAGAUCCAGCGUUUGGAUGCGUAACCUGCCUGGGUCUAACUGGAGGGUCUCCAUGAAUGGUUUCUCCUCUCGAUGUGGGUGUCCCUGGCAGCAGGACUACUUUCUAAAGGAGUGUUUUGCGAACAAAGAAACUUCUGAAGAUUCCAGAUGACAUUCCCGUCUUAAUGUAUGGGCAGGUGGGUGGCUAACUUUCAGCAGAGAUCCUUUGAGAAGAGAUUAUUCUAGAUCCUGCCCUGGAAUGCUUCUUCUACGGAAAAUGGACCAAAACCAGGGACCAGCCAGAUCUCCGGUGACCCUGGUUCGGGCACGUUCUUAUACCUUUCCUCUGACAGAAGAUUAGCUUUUACUGUCUUCCUCUUAUAAUCGGAUCACUUUUAAGGCUUUGUUUCCAUGAGGUGGCCAUGGUCCUGCGCAGCUGCCAAGGGCUGCUUUUGAAGGUAGCGCUUCCGUUCACCUGAAAAUUCAUGCGGCCAUUGGCUUCCGCGGCAUAGGUUUUCUGCUGACCGAGCAGAACGCUUAGACUUGCAGGCGUCAUGGACGAUGUGGCAAAGAAUAAGGAGGGCGAGUGAGGCCAAAAAUUGUAAAAAAACUAAAUUAGAAAGUUUUUCUUUUUGCUUUUAUAUUUAACUUAAUUUAAAUAAUCUGUUAAAUCGUACGUUGAUUGAAGGAAAUUACAAAAAAUGAUCUUAUUCCCGCAUCGAGUCAUCAUGCGAUGCAAGUGUUAUCAUAGGGACCCCCUUUAUAAUUCCUGAUUAGGCUUUAGAGCAGCUGUAAAGCCCAACCAGAAUCCAGUUCUGCGUAUGUCACUUAUUUAUAAAUGCCGUCCCUAUGAUAACACUAAUGUGCGAGGUGUUAUCAUGGGGAUAGCGCUCCCCGAAGCCGACUCUCGCUUGAACCUCUGGUAGUUUGGCGCAGGAAUAAGACAUUUGUUUCUAGAUUUUGGAAAUGGCACUAUGGGGGUAGGAUAUAGAUUUUCUGGCGGUUCUAAGUACGACGUUUUUCUCAUCGCUCCUGAUUUAUCGCAUUCCUAUCGGUAAUUCUCAUGGCCAUACGAUGCCGCUAUACGUAUGCAAUAUGUAACACUAUGGGCUGAGAAUUACAGCUGAUUGUUAAGCAAUAUUUUAACUCUUAUCUCAUUAAAGGGAAUCUGUGGUUAAAAUAAUCUGUUCUAAAUCUGAAGGAUAAUUGACGACCCCCCCCCCCCC